GGGAGAGGGUGGGGGUGUAUAAAAGGCACGGGCGCCGCGCUCAAGUCCCUGGGUCACCCAACAGCGAAGCCGAUCACACACAGAGCCUGUGAACGUUGGGACAGAAGUCCGCCAACCUGCCACCAUGCCUUUCGGAAACACCCACAACAAAUGGAAGAUGAACUACUCGGCUGAGGCGGAAUUUCCUGACCUCAGCCAGCACAACAACCAUAUGGCCAAGGCCCUGACCUUGGACAUCUACAAGCAGCUGAGGGACAAGGAAACUCCCAGUGGCUUCACCCUCGACGACCUCAUCCAGACCGGCGUGGACAACCCAGGUCACCCCUUCAUCAUGACCGUGGGAUGCGUCGCUGGGGACGAGGAAUCCUACGAAGUCUUCAAGGCUCUGUUCGACCCCAUCAUCGAGGACCGUCACAGCGGCUACAAACCCACAGACAAACAUAAGACCGACAUGAACAACGAGAACCUGAAGGGCGGCGAUGACCUGGACCCCAACUACGUGGUGAGCAGCAGGGUCCGCACGGGCCGCAGCAUCAAGGGCAUCGCGUUACCGCCGCAUUGUAGCCGCGGGGAGCGGCGCUUGGUCGAGAAAUUGUGUCUGGACGGUCUGUCCACCUUGACCGGUGAAUUCAAGGGCAAGUACUAUCCGCUGUCCACCAUGAGCGACGCCGAACAACAGCAACUCAUCGACGAUCACUUCUUGUUCGACAAACCCAUCUCCCCCCUGCUCCUCGCCUCCGGCAUGGCCCGCGACUGGCCCGACGGCAGAGGCAUCUGGCACAACGAUGACAAGUCAUUCUUGGUCUGGGUCAAUGAGGAGGACCAUCUUCGCGUCAUCUCCAUGCAGAAAGGUGGCGAUAUGAAAGAGGUCUUCAGACGCUUCUGUGUUGGUCUGAAGAAGAUUGAGGAUAUCUUCCUGAAAGCCGGCCGUGGCUUCAUGUGGAACGAGCACCUGGGAUACGUGCUCACCUGCCCAUCUAACCUGGGCACCGGCCUGCGCGGCGGGGUCCACGUCAAACUCGCUCACCUCAGCAAGCACGAGAAAUUCGAGGAGGUGCUGAAGAGAACCAGACUGCAGAAGCGUGGCACAGGUGGAGUGGACACCGCAGCCGUGGGCAGCGUAUACGACAUCUCCAACGCCGACCGGCUGGGCUUCUCCGAGGUGGAGCAGGUGCAGAUGGUGGUGGAUGGCGUGAAGCUGAUGGUGGAGAUGGAGAAGAGGUUGGAGAAGGGGAAGAGCAUCGAUGACCUGAUGCCGGCGCAGAAGUAGAUCAGAGAGCCCACGCCCUGACACGCGCCGCACAUUCAUCGCAGGCGCAAACAUUGAACUUGGGGAGUGUCUCACUCCAAUCUUUCCGGGCCCACGACUCUUGUGUCUCAAAGGAGGACAUCAUCUCAGAGGAAGCGCAGGUUGGGUUUCAUCAAGAUGAGAUUUACGAGGCAUUUUUUAACCUUGAUGACACAUUAAUAAAAGUUGGCCCCAAAAA